AUGACGGUGCCAGGCCCCACGGUCGAAGAUGUCAAGAUUGUUGACUUCAAGGUAUUCGACCUUCGCUUCCCGACAAGCUUGAACGGUGUCGGCUCCGACGCGAUGCACGUCGGCACCAAUGGAUCCCAACCUUAUAUCCAGCUCAUCACAGACCGUCCCGGCCUCAUAGGGGAGGGGAUUGCGUUCAGCAACGGCCGAGGCAACGAGCUUAUCUGCAUGUGCCUCGAAACCUUUGCCAAGCGUGUCGUCGGUAAGACUAUGCACGAGCUCACCCGCAACAUGGGCAAGACCUGGCGUUACAUGGUUUCCGAUUCCCAAUACCGGUGGGUCGGUCCCGAAAAGAGCGUAACCCACCUCUCCAUGGCUGGAGUCAUGAACGGCGUGUGGGACCUCUGGGGCAAGAUUCUUCGCAAGCCCGUGUGGCAGAUUGUCUGUGACAUGUCACCCGAAGAGAUAGUGCGGUGCAUUGACUUCCGGUACAUCACCGAUGUCAUCACCCCUGAGGAAGCUGUCGAGAUGCUGAAGAAGGCGCAGGUGGGGAAGGAGCAGAGGUUGGCGGAAGCGUUUGGGAACGUCGCCGUUCCCGCAUACUCGACCAGCCCCGGCUGGAUGGCGCUGUCGGGAGAUAAGAUGCGAGAGGUGCUAGAUGAGGAGAUUAAGAUGGGGUAUAAGGUUUUUAAGUUCAAGGUCGGGUCGGGUGUGGAGGCGGAUAGAGCCAAGUUGGCGACUGUGCGGUCGGUGAUAGGGUAUGAUAAGGGGUUUCAGUUGAUGAUUGAUGCAAAUCAGGUAUGGAGCGUUCCCGAAGCUAUCGAGUACAUGAAGCAGCUGGUCGAGUUUCAGCCGGUAUUCAUUGAGGAACCAACCAAUCCUGACGAUGUCCUUGGCCACGCUGCCAUCCGGAAGGCUCUCAAGCCUUUCGGCGUUGGUGUCGCAACUGGAGAGGCAGCCCAGAAUCGCGUCACAUUCAAGCAACUUCUUCAGGCUGACGCCAUUGACGUCUGCCAAAUCGAUGCUGUCAGACUUGGAAGUGUUAACGAAUGCUUGGCCGUCAUGCUCAUGGCCUCCAAGUUCGACGUCCCCUGUGUUCCACAUAAUGGCGCCAUGGGCCUUACCGAGCUUACUUCGCAUCUCAGCCUUAUCGACUACGUGGCGAUCACCGGCCGCAAGUCCAUGCUUGAGUAUGCCGACAGCUUCCGUGAAAACCUUCGCCAUCCAAGUAGGAUCAUCGAUGCUCAUUACGAAACUCCUCUGGCUCCCGGAUACUCUAUUGGGUACACUGACGAGGCGUUGGAGAGGUACAUAUAUCCUACUGGGAGCUUUUGGAAGUCUGAGGCUGGUUUGAAUAUUAUCAAUCAGCCUACCGGCGGGGAGCUAUAG